UAUUUAUCCAUCAGUCAAACUCUCUCUUGAUUCAAAUGCUAACAAUCCAGCAGACUCAACUGCACCAGCUACUGAAAAGAGACGGAGUGGCUGCAAAUUGUUUGGAUUUGAGUUGCUGGACCACUCAACCGUUGAAGACACAUCACCUGUGGCUGCACCACCUCAAGCUAUGGUGGAGACUCAUCCAAAUCCACCUUUUGAUACUGAAUCUGACCAGAACUCUGAACAUGAGAGAUCAUCGCUGAGAUCAACCUAUGAAUCCCAGACCAAGCAAAUUAGGAGCUGCACUAAGGUUCACAUGCAAGGGAAAGCUGUUGGGAGAGCAGUAGAUAUGGCGGGAUUCGAUGGGUAUGAAGAUUUGCUGAAGAAAUUGGAAGAGAUGUUUGAGAUUAAAGGUGAACUGUGUGGAUUAGUAAAGAAAUGGCAGGUUGUGUACACAGACGAUGAAGAUGACAUGAUGAUGGUGGGAGAUGAUCCAUGGCAUGAGUUCUGUUGCAUGGUCAGAAAAAUCUUCAUCUACACAACUGAAGAAGCCAAGAUGCUUUCACCAAAGAUAAAGCUUCCCCAUGCUAAGGAAGUUAAAUUAGAAAAUGCAGUUUCAGACCCUCCGAGUUGCACCGAGGAAGAACAUGAGAUGGUCAACCCUUAAUGUGAGUGCUUAUAUCAAGCGGAGGGAUGUAAUUCACUCAAAGAAACAGUUGAGAGGACAAUGUAAGAUAAAGACUCCAACACUGGUAGUAGUAGUUUUAGCAGUGGUAGUGUCUUUGUUUUUAUAUAGUUUUGCAUGUCUGCCUUCACCUCUAUUGUGUAGAGCUGGAUAGGUGGGUAGUUCUUAUCUUUAUUUAUUUUUUCAAAUUUGGAGGUGG